AAAUCACCGUCUGCGGUAGAUGUGUUUUGUGAGAGACGUUCACGCCGGCAGCAAACGAGGAGGAGAAGGAGAGCCGCCGAGGAUGAGAUUGGAGACACUUGGGGAGGUAAUGAAGAAGCCAAUUUCUUCUCGCCGUACCUUGCUCCUGGCUGUGUAGCUCGCUCGCUCACUCCCUCCCUCACUCACCCGAGCUGCUGCGCGGACUCCGUCAUCAAAACACUCACACUCACACUCAGUCUCACACUGGAGGAAACAUUCAAGAUGCAGCAGCAAGAGAGAAUGUCUUCUGAUUCCCUGUCAGAUGUGCCGUGUCCAUCGAGACCGUGGAUGUCCCGAGGACACCCCUGCGAGGAGCAGACGGCGAGGAACCCCAAGUGGCGGGUGGCGGGCGACUGUCAGAUGCUGCUGCUGAGCGAGGAGGAGGUGAUCCGGUCCUUGUUUUUGCAGGAGAGGCGCUCUGCGUCGUGCAAGGGCCACCUGCUGCGACGCACCAUCAGCGUUCCGGUGGAAACGCAGUUCCCAGAGUUCCACAGCCAGCUGUCCACCGAGAGCGGUGAGAAGCCCGAGGGCAUUCCUCCUCUGCAGUGACCCCACACACACACACACACACACACAUGCAGACACAAAAUUACAACGAUGAGCAACCACUCAUUCCACAUGAUUAUUGACAUAUAAAAGGUUUAUUAUUUAGACUUUUUUUAAAGGCCACUCAAUAGAAAGUUGAGACAUUGAGGCACUUAUGUGCAAAUACUCGCUCCGCACAAAGGUCACAUGUAACUCAACUCCGGGCUCUUCUUUCUGCUCCUCGGUGACACUCGCAUUACUCUCGUGCCCGGGGUGAUAAGCCUUUUGAUAUAUCGGAUCCUCUUGUUAAAUCCGCCGCACGACCACUAGAUGGAGAGCUUGCCGCUCCAAUCGGGCCUCAAGACGCCCACUGAGAACG